UACGAGAGUGAGACCCUGGAGGGACACGAAAACCAAGUACUCCACGUAUCGUUCUCACACAACGGCCUCCUAUUCAGCUCCUGUUCCAAAGACGGCUUCGUGAAGGUGUGGUCCACUGAGUCCCGGCCCACUCGGGUCCGCCACUCGGCCGACAUGAAGCAGUACUCAUGGAAUUACACCCAAUACUCGCAAUUCAAUUCGUCAGACACUCUGCUACUGGUGUCUGGCGUGCACUUCGGCGUCCAUACGGCCAGCGGUGAGAUAGCGGUGUUUAAUGUGGAACCGGGCGGUGAGUUUCAGCUGCAGUGCCGGGUCCUCAACAAGCCGUACGACAUAUUCGGCACGUGGUAUACAGACGACUACCUCGUCUCGAGUCGACUCCACUUCUUAGGCCAUUUGGUCUCGUGUUCGGCCCUUUGGCUCAAUAAGGCGUGUCAGGAGUCGGAGUCCGAGCGCAAGCCUAUCAUCAAACGGAUGUUCAGGUUCUACAACAAGAACGCCAGUUCCAUACGCACUGUAUUAGUGGCCGACUGUCUCGCGGACCCCGAGGAUGACAGCCCACCCGACCCUCAACCCUCGGAAACAGAUAGUUGGGGUCGAAAGUUAGCGCACAAUCGCGGUCACAGUCACAGCGCCGGUAGUGCCCAACGCGGGAAUCCGGUGUCCAGUUUGGGCGCCAAUCGACUGCUGAAGUCGUUGCAAACGCCGCCCAACUAUAGCCAACGCGACUUCUAUGGCGCCGACUCUAACAUCUCGUGCACUAACCAGAGUCCCAUCAGAUAUAGUUCGGAAUACCGGUGCGAACAACAGUCCUCCUCCUCCACCACUAACCGAAACCAAAGAACUUGUGAUAACUUAAGCAGAACUGUGAGCAAUGACACGGACUCGGGUGACAGUGAUUUCGAUGACCCGCCCCUCCCGUGGAACGAGGAUUGGCUCAACUUAAGCGACGAUGAGCUCAAUGACUACACCACUACCGGCGCCGUUAACACAUCUAAAAGCGAUCACAAAUCUGCGAAAAGGGACUCAAAAUCGCCGAACUUAUCCCCGGAAGAGGAGUCCUCCGCCACCACUAGUCGUUUGCUAUGCAAUGAGGAUAAACUAUUGCUGUUUACAUCCGGUUCCCUCACAUAUACACCCCAUCAGAUUGGGAUCAAACGAAUUAAGCCAAUAGUGUUCGAGGAAUUUAUGUCACAAACGGCUUCCCUUUCCAAACGACUGGAGGAGCGCCGACAGGAACAGGAGAGCCAAGCGAUGGCCGCCUCUCCCAACUGGCACGAGGAGGAGGCGGUCGCCCACAUGUUCGACACCGUCGACCACACCAUCGACCUUAAGGGACACAUCAUUGGCAUGUGUCUGAGCCCAGAUCACCGGUACCUCUACGUGAACGUGCGGUCGUGGCCCGAGAACGCAACCAUCGACAACCCCCUACACCCGCCCCCUAUCGCCCAACAGAUCGACAUUCAUGUCAUAGAUUUGAAGACAUUCAAGAGUGUGGGCAAUAUGUACCGCUCACACAAGGCCUACACUCCCAACGACGAGUGUUUCUUCAUAUUCCUCGAUGUAUGCGAACAGUUUGUGGCCUCAGGUGCCGAAGACAAUCACGGAUACAUAUGGGACAGACACUACGGCCUGUGUUUGGCGCGACUCCCGCACCGGGAUAUUGUCAAUUCGGUCGCCUUUAACCCGAAAGACCCCGAAAUGAUAGUGACGGCCAGUGAUGACAAAACGCUCAAAAUCUGGAGAUCCAGGUCUCAGAUGAACGAAUCGAGACAUUACUCCAAAACGCGGCUCCUUUCUAGUGAUUCAUAA